AUUAUACUUUUUUGUGUGCGUGACUUCCGCUAGCUGGAAAAUGGCGACCGAAGGAUCUUCCAACCCAUUUGAGGGCAUCAAGAAAACGACGGAGAUAGAUGGGAAGACCUACAGCUUCUUUAACCUCGCGGAACUAAAGGACGCCAGAUAUGAUAAGUUGCCCUACUCUAUCCGGGUGGUUCUGGAGUCUGCCAUCCGGAACUGUGAUGAGUUCCAGGUCCAGAAGAAAGACGUGGAGAACAUCCUGAACUGGGAGAAGAACCAGAGUCAGAGUGUGGAGAUUCCGUUCAAACCAGCCCGCGUCAUCCUACAGGACUUCACUGGUGUGCCAGCGGUAGUAGAUUUCGCUGCCAUGAGAGAUGCUGUCAAACGACUCGGGGGAGAUCCAGAGAAAAUCAACCCCAUCUGUCCGGCCGACCUGGUGAUAGAUCACUCUAUCCAGGUGGAUGUGUCUAGAAGUAUAUUGAAAUAUUCUCCCAACCCUGGAGGAGGUCAAAGUUCAGAGGUUAAGGGGUCACAGAGGUCAUCCUGUAACCUGUGCGUUGACCCUCGCUCUCCUAUCUCCGAUCAAAUCUGUCCCUUCCACAAGCGGAAGACGCAGGGUGCUGAUGCUCUGGAGCAGAACCAAGAACUGGAGUUUGAGAGGAACAAGGAGAGAUUUGUAUUCCUUAAGUGGGGAGCCACUGCCCUGAAGAACAUGCUGAUCGUCCCCCCGGGGUCAGGCAUAGUCCAUCAGGUCAACCUGGAGUACCUGGCGCGGGUCGUCUUCAAUGACGGGGGUCUCCUCUACCCCGACAGUCUGGUGGGCACCGACUCUCACACCACCAUGAUCAAUGGACUCGGGGUGGUGGGAUGGGGUGUAGGUGGUAUCGAGGCUGAGGCAGUGAUGCUGGGUCAGGCUAUCUCCAUGGUGCUGCCGGAGGUCGUAGGUUACAAACUGACCGGGAAGGUCGACCAACUGGUGACCUCUACAGAUGUCGUCCUCACCGUAACCAAGCACCUGCGACAGAUCGGGGUGGUGGGGAAGUUUGUGGAGUUUUUCGGCCCGGGGGUUUCCCAACUCUCCAUCGCUGACCGGGCCACCAUUUCCAAUAUGUGCCCCGAGUAUGGAGCCACUGUUGGGUUCUUCCCUGUGGACGAGAAAAGUCUGGAGUACCUCCGACAAACAGGACGAUCAGAGGAAAGGAUAAAGUUUGUGGAAAAAUUCUUGAGGGAAAUUCGACUGUUCAGAAACUACAACGAUCCCCAGGAGGAUCCAGUGUUUUCCCAGGUGGUAGAGCUGGACCUCAGUACGGUCACUUCCUGCUGCUCAGGACCCAAGCGUCCGCACGACAAAGUCCCCGUGUCUGAGAUGAAGGUGGACUUCAACACCUGUCUCAACAACAAGAUAGGGUUCAAGGGCUUUGCCAUCCCCCCCGACAAACAAUCGACCAAGGUCCCCAUCGUCUUCGACAACCAGGAGUAUGUCCUGUCACAUGGUUCCGUCGUCAUAGCAGCCAUCACAAGCUGUACCAACACCAGUAAUCCCAGCGUCAUGCUUGGAGCAGGUGUAUUGGCUAAGAAGGCAGUGGAGGCGGGGCUAAGUGUCAAACCUUACAUCAAGACCAGCCUCUCCCCGGGGAGUGGAGUGGUCACUUACUACCUCAGAGACAGCGGGGUCACCCCUUACCUAGAGAAACUAGGAUUUGACAUUGUGGGUUACGGCUGUAUGACCUGCAUUGGAAACAGUGGACCUUUACCAGAACCUGUCUCAGAAGCCAUAGAGAAGGGUGACCUUGUUGCUUGUGGGGUCUUGUCUGGUAACCGUAACUUUGAGGGUCGUAUCCACCCCCUGACACGGGCCAACUACCUGGCCUCUCCCCCCCUCGUCAUCGCGUAUGCCCUCGCUGGAACCGUCCUGAUCGACUUUGAGAAAGACCCACUGGGUACGAACCCCGAGGGUAAGCCAGUUUACCUGAGGGACAUCUGGCCGACACGGGAGGAGAUUCAGGCUGUAGAGAAGGAGAUUGUGGUCCCCGCCAUGUUUACAGACGUCUACUCCAGGAUCCAGCAAGGCAACAAGCGCUGGAACUCGCUGGUGGCGCCGGAGGGACAGCUGUACCCCUGGGACGACAAGUCAACCUACAUCAAGUCUCCCCCCUUCUUUGAGAAAAUGGGUAAAGAUGUGUCCAAACCAGAGAGCAUCAAGGAUGCCCACGUCCUGUUGAACCUGGGGGACUCUGUGACCACAGACCACAUAUCCCCCGCGGGGAGUAUCGCUAGGAAUAGCCCCGCAGCUCGUUACCUAGGCAACAGAGGGCUGACCCCUCGUGAGUUUAACUCGUACGGUUCUCGUCGAGGUAACGAUGCUGUGAUGGCGCGAGGAACAUUCGCCAACAUUCGACUAGUCAACAAAUUCCUGAGUAAAGCUGGUCCACGGACCAGACACAUUCUGUCCGGAGACGAGAUGGACAUAUUUGAUGCGGCGGAGCGUUACCAGAAGGAGGGUCGUCAGGUCAUCAUCCUGGCCGGUAAGGAGUACGGGUCGGGGUCGUCCCGAGAUUGGGCCGCCAAGGGGCCGUGGAUACUGGGCAUCAAGGCAGUGAUCGCGGAGAGCUACGAGCGAAUCCACCGUAGUAACCUGGUGGGGAUGGGCAUUAUUCCGUUCCAGUACGUGGGGGGACAGACCGCCGACUCCCUGGGACUGACCGGGACAGAGACCUUCUCCAUCGACGUCCCCGACGACCUCAAGGCUGGCCAGGAGCUGCAAGUCAAGCUGAGUGACGGGAGAACAUUCCAAGUGAAGACCCGCUUUGACACGGAGGUAGAGCUGACCUACUUCCGACACGGCGGAAUCCUCAACUACAUGAUCCGACGGAUGUUAUGAUCAAGUCAAUCCGCGACAAAUCCAACAAAUCCGCAAUACGUCCGGACUAUACCUUUGUAAUGGUGUCUUAAUUAAGGUGUUAUAAAAGUGAUUCGUGAAUGGAAAAUUAGCGAGUUUGAUUUGUGUUAGUGGUGAUUUAGGACUGAUUUCAUUUUCUGUGAUGUAUUUUGAAAGGGAACAGUUGAAGAGUGAGUAUAAUUAUGUGGAACUAAGGACAGGGGCAGAAGUCGACAGCACAUGUUUCACAGGCUCAAUUCUAAAAGAUGUCUUUCAUUGGUAGUGAUUAAGAUUUUUUUCCUUGAAAUACUAUGGUAAUGCUUCUGAUGUUUUUAAAGGGUCAAAUAACUUGAAUUAUUCUGUAUUCUUUGCCAGCAUAUUACAUAUAUUCUAUUCUAUAUUAAGAAAGUUUCUGCCAAUAUACGCAUUUAAAAUAUGCAUUUUGAUAAAAAAUUGACUACUUUUUGCAUUACUUUUUUUUUCAAUGAAAACAGGCCAAUUCUUUGCAUUAUAUUAUUGGUUAAUUUUUAAGUUUUCUUAUAUAUAAUCUUUUAAUGAGUUGAAAUAUUAGAUUUUAAAAUGGAUGGCAAAUAGUGUGUUAUUUUAAGAUAUGAAUACAAACAAUUAUGACAUAACUACACAUGUACAUGUAUAUGUAUUUACAUGAUUAAAGCAAGAAUUGUGAAGAUAUCAUUUUGCCAAUUUGAUUUGGUACAUACACAGUUUCAUGUAUUAUAAUUGUGAUAUGUACAAGAGGUAUUGAUGUGAAUUUUGCAUUUUUGACAUUAAUCUGUGACAAAUUCUUCUUGUCAUUGUAAUGGGUACACCAGCUGUGACAGCAAUAUAUAAAACUCUGGUAAUUAAAACAAGAUAAUUAUG